AUGGCACCAUCAUCUAUUGUGUUGUCUUUGUAUUGUCCUGGAACAAAAAAUUGGAUCAUUAGAGGAUAUGGAAAUAUAUCUCCAUGUAACAAUGCGGGAAGAGCAGUAACAUCAGUUUAUGCGGCAUUUGGGGUUCCACUCAUGUUCUUAGUCUUAGCAGAUUUGGGUAAACUAUUCACCAAAAUUAUGAAAUUUAUUUUUCGUUACUACCGAAGAUAUUACAAAACUGGGACCUGUAGAGAACACUCUUCUGCAAUUACUGAAAACAAGCCUUUACAAUAUAUGACAGUAUCUUGGAGAACUGUAAGGCAAGAUAAAGCUUCAAAUACGACUAAGAGUGGAAACAAUCUUCAAAAUGACGUAAUGGAAAACCAAGUAACAACUUUAACAAUUCACAACGAUGAUUUGUACAAAAAUCUUGACUUUAUGAAUCCAGAUGAAAAAAAUCAUAAGCAUGUAGAAGUUGAAGAUGAUUUCAAUCUUCCUAUCACUUUAGCGAUUGCUCUGGAUGUAGUAUAUAUGAUUAUCGGUGGUUUUCUUCUGUCCUAUUACGAGGACUGGACGUACUUUGAAGCUUUCUACUUUAUUUUUAUAUCGAUGACAACAAUAGGACUUGGAGAUUAUGCUCCAGAAACACAGAAAUAUUUGAUGGGAACUUUCAUUUACCUAGUAUUCGGGCUUAUGCUUACUUCAAUGUGCAUUAAUGUAAUUCAAGAAAAAAUUACAGCUACGUUUCAGAAAGGAAAAGUGAGGAUCGGAGAUAACACAGUGCUGAAUGUCAGUUCCUUGCUUCAAGAUGAAGAUCACAGAUCAAGAGCUCAAAAAUUGGAUCCUCAAGUGUAUAACAACUGUUAUGCAUUCAAACUGACGAUGCACAAAAACAGUAUGUGCAGUCUAACAUCCAAUUCCAUUACUCAAAACUAUGCUAAAAAGUCUCGCGGAAGCGUAAGCAGAAAUAUCUCAGAUUUUGGACUCAAAAGCGAUUCCAAUAAAGAGAUGUUUUUAAAAGUACCUCAAAACAGGUUUACUUUUUAUGAUUCACCUUAUAAUACCGUACAAGAUGACAACGAAUGUACGAUAACAUCACUACGAAAAUAUAGAUUGUAACCAGUGACCAAGGCACAAUAAAAUAUUAUGAAGAAAUAGAAAUAUUUUUAUUGGUGAAAACACUCAACAAGUAUCUUCCUCUGUUGGAAAGUUUCUUCCUGGAAAAUAAGGUGAUUCAAUAACUUUAAAAAUGUUUAAUUUAUUAAAACUUCAA